AUGGUCCAAUACCCGGAACAGCUACGAAAGUCUUCCAAAGAAGAAAAAUCAGUGAAACGGUGGCAUUCUGAUGGAAUUCUGACCUUAGUAACGGGGUGCCUGUCGUUUAUCACGUUCCUGCUGAAUGCGGCCGCUUGCUACAGCGGGAACUUGAAGCAUCUUGCACCAUAUGACCUAAACGCUGAUUUUUGUGGGUCUCAGGAGGUUGGUGAGGAAAGGCAGUACCUCUACUAUCCGGAUCCACACAAUCCGACUAAUGGCAUCUGCGUGGAGUCAUGUCCAAAAGCCGAAUCAACGAGGACAAUCAACAUUCCAGAUGGGCUAGGAGGAAUAACAAUGCAUCCUGUUACCAGCUCAGAGUUGGUGUCGGGGCAAUACUGUUUUCAGGGGCGUUUAAAGUCUCGAGAGAUUUUGACAGCUCUGCAGGCAAAGCGCCCUUUUCUGCAUAGCAUUGUUCAGGAUAUAUUUAAAGCCACAGAGGUCCUUUUCGCCACUGUUUUCAUAAACAUAGUGCUAGCCAUUGUGGGAAUGAAGGCAACGCUCAACAAGAAGGCCGGGAGAAGCGUUCUGCUAGCGUCCUCAUUUUCGCCUUGUUUCCUCUCGAUUUUGACCGCUCUCUUGACGUUGUAUCACACCUUUACACCUCGGGUUCUCCCCCCGGGGAUUUCUUUGCUGCUGCUGUCAACCAUUCUGGGGACAAUAUCUUUCCUAACGGGGGCAAUCCCGGUUAUAUUCCCCAAAACUUACGCCAGGUCCCAACAAUUCAUGUUGAUUGGAGCGCAAGCUCUGGAGGAAAUGCCUGACCUGCUAACAUACGUCAUAAUGACAAGUGCUGGCGUUGGUGUGACGUUAGUGUGGAACAUUUGGAUUUGUGCAUCUCUGCUAACUAUGGGAAGACCUGUGCCGGAGCCUUUGACCGUUGACUCUCAUGGUGAAACAUAUAUGGGCAUUAUGACGUCAUUCACACGAACCCCUGGACAAGGUCUAGCUUGCCUUAUUGUCUGUGUUACGUUCAUUCUCCAAUUUGAGAGUGCUAUCAUGUUCACCAAGUUCCUCGCAACCCGUUGUGUGAAGAAAUGGUUCGAAAAACUUCCGCGCAACGGGCGUAGAAAUCCCAGAUGCGACUACCUGUUGGCUGUUGGUGCUGAAGUAUCAAAAGAGUGGGGACCUCUUGGAGCUGCGAUCUUGUUCAACAACCAGCUACUACCAGUUAAACUUGAUGGCUCGACUGGUGGAUUUCUCGAAGGGGCGCUUGCUGGUUACCUUGUAAGCCUACUUGUUUUAAUCGAGGGACCUAACUCAGGGAGAAGUGGAUGAUCACUAUUCUGCACGGCGCUAUCCUAUCCAGGAAUUACUAAGAGCCUCUUUGUUGCGAUGCUGACUUGGAUUGCUCUUGAACUUGCUCCCAUAUUCAAUCACACCGGAGAAAAGGCACUCGAUUCUAUACCGGUUGUGGUAAUGGUGACGUUUGCCAUGUCCACAAUUGUACUGGCAAUAUUUCAAGAAGCUGCUAGCGCGGCUUCAUGCGCGGCAGUAAUGUUCUGGUCAAAGGCUGCUUCAGAUGUUUUGUGGUGCAAUUCGAUUAACUCGGACACACUCCCUGUGUACGAGUCGAAGCAUCUUCGUGAAUUCUUGAAGCUUCUCAGGAGAAAAAGCGAUCAGGAGAUUUUGUUUUGA